AAGUUCAGGCUCAGCUACAUUGACUGUAGACAUAUGUGUAAUGACUUCACCCUCGAAAGAAACAUCCAAGUAACUAGAACAAUUCACAUCGACAGUUGUGUGUUUGGAGUAGUUUUCGCGCCAUACUGAGCUUCUUUACAUCUGCUGGUAGCACACUGGACGGAUUCCAGCAUACGUCCGCGCAACAUCACUCCAUCACCGCACCCCGCAGACGACAGAUUCAAGCAUGAGGGAAAUAGUUCACAUCCAGGCCGGACAGUGCGGGAAUCAAAUAGGGUCUAAGUUUUGGGAGGUUAUUUCGGAUGAACACGGACUAGACCCAACAGGAAUUUACCAUGGAGAUUCGGCCCUGCAGCUGGAGAGAAUUGAUGUGUAUUUUAGUGAAGCUAUGGACAACAGAUAUGUUCCUCGGUCAGUUCUUUUGGACCUGGAACCAGCAACCAUGGAUGCAGUCAGAUCCGGACCGUACGGGAAACUCUUCCGUCCGGAUAAUUUUGUUUUCGGACAUUCCGGUGCAGGAAACAACUGGGCAAAAGGUCACUACACGGAGGGUGCAGAGCUAGUCGACACUGUUCUGGAUGUGCUGCGGAGGGAGGCGGAGGCCUGUGACUGUCUACAGGGCUUCCAGAUGGCCCACAGUCUGGGGGGAGGGACUGGGUCAGGGAUGGGGACCCUCCUUAUCAGUAAAAUUAAAGAGGAAUAUCCGGACCGAAUCAUGGCAACCUUCUCAGUGUUCCCCUCCCCUAAGGUAUCUGAUGCCGUAGUUGAACCUUACAACGCCACUUUGUCCGUGCAUCAACUGGUCGAGAACACAGAUGAAACAUUUUGCAUCGACAACGAGGCUUUGUACGACAUAUGUUUCCGCACCCUAAAGAUGAACACGCCUACAUACGGGGAUCUAAAUCAUCUUUUAUCAGCCACCAUGUCGGGUGUUACGACAUGUUUGAGGUUUCCAGGACAACUAAAUGCGGACUUACGGAAGCUCGCCGUCAAUAUGGUUCCGUUUCCCAGACUGCACUUCUUCAUAACAGGCUUUGCUCCAUUGACAUCAAGAGGAUGUCAACAAUAUCGAACAGUGUCUGUACCGGAACUCACGCAACAAAUGUUUGACGCCAGAAAUAUGAUGGCCGCCUGCGACCCUCGACAUGGAAGGUAUCUGACCGUGGCCGCCAUGUUUCGAGGUCGAAUGUCGAUGAAAGAGGUGGAUGAACAGAUGCUGAACGUUCAGAACAAGAACUCUGCUUACUUUGUGGAAUGGAUUCCAAAUAAUGUGAAGAUUGCGGUAUGCGACAUUCCACCUCGAGGACUUAAAAUGUCGGGAACAUUUGUUGGAAAUUCAACCUCUAUUCAGGAAAUAUUUAAACGAAUCUCUGAGCAGUUUUCGGCCAUGUUUAGACGCAAAGCUUUCUUGCACUGGUAUACAGGAGAGGGAAUGGACGAGAUGGAGUUUACGGAGGCAGAAUCCAACAUGAACGACCUUGUUUCCGAAUACCAACAAUACCAGGAUGCAACUGUUGAGGACGAGGUUGAUGAUUUUGAAGGCAAUAUAGAAGAGGAGGAAGAAGAAUACUAGAAUUAAAAUUUCUCUGUGUUAUGAAAAUAAAUAUUAUUUAAGUA